GGUGGCAUGGCUUCGCACGCUUACACGUGCUCGAAGCAUGGCGUUGUGGGGCUGGUGCGAAACGCUGCAGUGGAGCUUGGACCCUUGGGAAUACGCGUGAACUGUGUGUCUCCUUACGCAGUUCCAACGGCGAUGAGUAAGAAGUUUUUGAACACUGACGAUGCGGGGAUUGCUGCACUUUAUUCGAAUCUGAAAGGUGUUACUCUGAAACCAGAAGAUGUGGCUGAAGCUGUGGUUUACUUGGCGAGUGAUGAGUCCAAGUACGUGAGUGGGCAUGACCUUGUUGUGGAUGGAGGGUUCAGUGUGAUGAACGCUGGUUUGUGUUCGUUUGGGCAACCAGAAUAGCUUUUUUCUUUCUUGGUUUUUGUUGUUUCCAUUGCUGUGUUGAAUAACAUUGU